AUGGUAAAGAAAUCAAGUGGAGCAUGGAGAAUGUGCGUAGACUUUACGAACCUCAACAGAGCCUGCCCUAAAGACUGCUAUCCACUGCCUAGAAUCGACAAGUUGGUAGAUUCGACCAGUGGUCACGCUUUACUGAGUUUCCUGGAUGCGUUCUCAGGUUAUCACCAAAUUAGUCUGGCAAAAACAGAUAGAAAGAAAGCGGCCUUCAUUACAGAUGGAGGGGUGUAUAAUUACAAGGCAAUGCCAUUUGGGUUGAAGAACGCAGGGACAACCUACCAGAAGCUGGUGGACAGAGUCUUCGCGGAGCAAAAAGGCAGAAACAUUGAGGUGUAUGUCGACGAUUCAAUCGUCAAAAGCAGGGAGGCAGCAGACCACAUAGAAGACCUGAGAGAAACCUUUGCCAACCUGCGAAAAUACCAGAUGAAGUUAAACCCAAAGAAAUGUGUCUUUGGGGUAAAAUCGGGGAAGUUUCUAGGUUUCCUCGUCAGCGAGAGAGGUAUUGACGCAAAUCCAGAGAAGAUUGAGGCAAUCCUCAAUUUCCCUCAACCGAAGAGCGUCAAAGAUAUCCAAAAACUUACCGGAAGGAUGGCCGCUCUUACCAGGUUCAUCAGUAAAUCAGGAGAUAAGGCGAUGCCGUUCUUUAACACCCUCAAGCAGAACGGAAAAUUCAAAUGGGGGGAAGAAGAGUCGAAAGCAUUCGAGGUAGUGAAGGACCACCUAAAGAGAUUGCCAACCAUAGCUAGACCGGAAGAAGGUGAUAGGCUACAGCUGUACAUAUCCGCGUCCCCAAAAACAGUCGCUGCCGUCUUGAUUGUCGAGAAGGAGAAGGUUCAGCAACCGGUAUACUUUGUGAGUCAUAUCUUGAACGGGGCGGAACAGAGAUAUCCGCUGAUAGAGAAAUUGGCAUACGCCGUCCUGAUAGCGGCAAGAAAGUUGAGGCCAUAUUUUGAUGCGCAUACCAUAGAAGUCUUGACCAACUACCCCUUGGAAAAGGCGGUCCACAAAAUGGAUACAUCCGGCAGAUUACUGAAAUGGGCAAUCGAGUUGUCAGAGUAUGACCUGGAGUUUAAACCAAGAACAACAAUAAAAGCACAAGCCCUAUCCGAUUUUAUAGUAGAAGCGUCCUAUGAGGACGAGAGACUCGAACCAGGAACAUGGGAGGUCUUUGUAGACGGAUCCUCCGCUCAGACGGGAUCUGGAGCCGGCAUCGUGAUGAAAUCUCCGGAAGGAGAUUUAUUUGAAUACGCCAUAAAAUUCGAGUUUCCAGCAUCCAACAAUGAGGCGGAGUACGAAGCAGCUAUUGCCGGUAUCCAGUUAAGCCAAUCAGCCGAUGCUAAACGAGUGACAUUGAUCAUCGAUUCACAGUCGGUGGUUAACCAAUUUUCGGGGGAGUAUGAAACAAAAGAGGCGAGAAUGAGAAAGUACUUGGAGAAGCUAAAGCAGGCGGCUGCACAGCUAGAGAAAUUUGAGAUAAAGUUGGUUCCCAGAGCGGAUAACUCAAUGGCAGACACACUGGCAAAGUUGGCAAGCUCAAAGGCCGUCGACCUGAAAAGGUCGGUCAUGAUCGAAGUCCUAAAAAGAAGAAGCACGGAAGGAAAAGGAAAAGAGAUCAUGGUUAUUGCAGACGGAAAAGAAUGGUACGACGACAUGUGGGCAUAUAAGGCAACCGCGAUUCUUCCAGAGAACCCAGAGGAGGCCAAGAAAAUAAAGAAAGAUGGACCUUGGUACAUCAUAUACAUGGGCAGAUUAUACAAACGAUCCUUCAGUCUACCGUUGCUAAGAUGCUUGUCGGCAUAUGAGUCAGAAAAACUCAUCGAAGAGAUACACGAAGGAUCAUGCGGAAACCACGUCGGAGGCAAAACACUAUCGUUGCUCUGCCAGAGGCAAGGAUACUAUUGGCCGACAAUGCUAGAAGAUGCACAGAAGUAUGUGAAGAAGUGCGAGAAAUGCCAACUAUUCUCUCUUGUCAUAAAGAUGCCGGCGAACGACUUGACGCCCAUACUCAACCCAAUACCCUUUGCCCAAUGGGAGAUGGAUAUCAUAGGUCCUUUCACGACCGCUUCUGGAGGAAGAAAAUUCCUUAUCGUAGCAGUAGACUACUUUACAAAGUGGAUUGAAGCUGAACCGGUAGCAACGAUAACAGCCAAUCAAGUACGAAAGUUCAUAUGGAAAAAUAUCAUCACCCGUUUUGGCCUGCCAACCGCAAUCGUCUUCGACCAUGGGACACAGUUCCAUUGUGCACCCAUACAAGCAUUCCUCGGUAUGUACAUGGUCAAAUUUGCAUACGCCUCAGUGUGCCACCCUCAGAGUAACGGCCAAGCGGAGGCGGCCAACAAGCAGAUACUCAAUGCCCUAAAGAAGAAACUGGAUGAGUACAAGGGAAAAUGGGCAGAUAUAGUCCCAGAAGUGUUGUGGGGAAACAGAACAACGAUAAAGGAGGCAACGGGAGAAAGUCCGUUUAAGCUGUGUUUUGGAUCGGAAGCAGUCAUACCUGCAGAAGUGGCCCUGCCCACCUUCCGAAUCCAACACUACGUGGAGGAAAACAACGAUAUCCUCUUAAGGCACCAGCUCGAUUUCCUACCGGAAAUACGGUUGAAAGCGAGCAUACGGUCAGCAGCCUACAAAAACAGAAUGAGCCGAGCAUAUAACAAAAGAGUACGACACAGACCUCUGGAGGUAGGAGAUCUGGUCCUUAGGGGGACAGCAGCAACCUGUAAGGCUCACACCGAUGGAAAGCUAACGGCUAACUGGGAAGGACCAUAUCAGAUAUGGGAAGAAAUAGUGCCAGGAGCAUACAGACUCAUGCAAAUGGAUGGUACCACACUAAAAAAUUCGUGGAACGCGGAUACCCUGAGAAAGUUCUAUGUAUAA